AUGGCUUCACUGCCGCCGCCCCCUCCACCUGGAUGGGGCGCACCCUCUUCAAUGCCGUUGGCGCCGCCGCCUCCAGGCUACCAGCCCCCGGCCGACCCAAACGUCGCCAAAUUUUCACAGAAAAAGAACGAGUGGCUCCGAACGCAACGCAAUCGAUUCGCGGAGAAGCGUAAAGGGGGAUUUGUUGAAACACAAAAGGCGGAUAUGCCCCCGGAGCAUUUGCGAAAGAUCGUACGAGAUAUCGGCGAUGUCUCGCAGAAGAAAUUCACCAACGAGAAGCGGAGCUACCUUGGCGCGCUCAAGUUCAUGCCCCAUGCCGUUUUGAAGCUUCUAGAGAACAUGCCCAUGCCCUGGGAGUCAGCCAGGGAAGUGAAGGUGCUCUACCAUGUCAACGGUUGUCUGACACUGGUUAAUGAGACACCGCGUGUCAUCGAGCCUGUCUUCCACGCCCAGUGGGCCACGAUGUGGAUGUGCAUGCGUCGUGAAAAGAGCGAUCGCAGACAUUUCAAGCGCAUGCGAUUCCCUCCAUUCGACGACGAGGAGCCGCCUCUCUCUUGGUCCGAGAACAUCGAAGACGUUGAGCCAUUGGAGCCCAUCCAAAUGGAACUGGACGAGGAGGAAGAUGCGGCCGUAUAUGAAUGGCUUUAUGACCACCGUCCCCUCCUCGAUACCCCCCACGUCAAUGGCCCAAGCUACAAGAGCUGGAACUUGUCCCUCCCUCAGAUGGCCACCCUCCAUCGUCUGAGUCACCAAAUUUUGAGUGACGUUGUCGACCAAAACUACCACCACAUGUUUGACUUGAACAGCUUCUUCACCGCCAAAGCUCUCAACGUUGCGAUUCCCGGUGGUCCCCGUUUCGAGCCCUUGUACAAGGACAUCGAUCCUAACGACGAGGAUUUCAGCGAGUUCAACGCCAUCGACCGCAUCAUCUUCCGUGCUCCUAUCCGAACCGAAUACCGAGUCACCUUCCCAUUCUUGUACAAUACCCUCCCCCGCAGCGUCAAGGUCGCUUGGUACUCCCAUCCCCAGGUGGUUUAUGUCCGCACGGAGGACCCUAACCUGCCUGCCUUCUACUUCGACCCUGUCAUUAAUCCCAUCUCCUCCCGCUCCGUCGCCCCGAAGAACAUCACCGUCAGCCACGAAGAUGAAAUUUUCGGCCCCGGAAACAACGAAGAUGAUGACUUCGAACUUCCUGGAGAAGUCGAGCCUUUCUUUGACGACGAAGACCUUUACACACCCGACACUGCCUCUGCCAUUGCUCUCUGGUGGGCUCCCCAUCCCUUCGAUAAGAGAUCUGGUAAGAUGGUCCGUGCACAGGAUGUCCCGCUGGUCAAGCAGUGGUACCUGGAGCAUUGUCCCCAGGGUCAGCCGGUCAAGGUUCGUGUCUCGUACCAGAAACUGCUUAAGACCUACGUCCUCAACGAGCUACACAAGAGCACCCCGAAGGCCCAGAGCAAACAAAACCUAAUGAAGACUCUGAAAUCAACCAAGUUCUUCCAGCAGACAACAAUCGACUGGGUCGAGGCCGGUCUUCAAGUUUGUCGCCAGGGCUUCAACAUGCUCAACUUGUUGAUUCACCGCAAGAACUUGACGUAUCUUCACCUUGACUACAACUUCAACCUGAAGCCAGUCAAGACAUUGACCACCAAGGAGCGCAAGAAGUCUCGCUUCGGAAAUGCUUUCCACCUGAUGCGAGAAAUUCUUCGUUUGACCAAACUUAUUGUGGACGCCCAAGUCCAGUAUCGUCUGGGUAACAUUGAUGCCUUCCAACUGGCAGAUGGUAUCCUGUACGCCUUCAACCAUGUCGGUCAGCUUACUGGUAUGUAUCGGUACAAGUACAAGCUCAUGCACCAGAUUCGUUCGUGCAAAGACUUGAAGCACUUAAUUUACUACCGAUUCAAUUCUGGCCCUGUGGGUAAAGGUCCUGGCUGUGGAUUCUGGGCUCCUGCUUGGCGUGUUUGGCUCUUCUUCAUGCGUGGUAUUAUUCCCUUGCUUGAGCGCUGGCUAGGAAACUUGCUCUCCCGUCAAUUCGAAGGUCGUCACAGCAAGGGUGUAGCUAAGACUGUCACCAAGCAGCGUGUCGAGUCUCACUUCGAUCUUGAACUGCGUGCCUCGGUCAUGUCUGACUUGAUGGACAUGAUGCCCGAGGGUAUCAAGCAGAACAAGGUCAACGUUGUUUUGCAACAUUUGUCGGAAGCCUGGAGAUGCUGGAAGAGUAAUAUUCCUUGGAAGGUCCCCGGCCUGCCCGCCCCGAUUGAGAACAUCAUUCUCCGCUAUGUCAAGAGCAAGGCCGAUUGGUGGAUCUCUGUUGCACACUACAACCGAGAGAGAAUUCGUCGUGGCGCUACGGUUGACAAGACUGUCGCAAAGAAGAACUUGGGUCGUCUCACUCGUCUGUGGCUGAAGUCUGAACAAGAGCGUCAACACAACUACUUGAAGGAUGGUCCCUACGUCUCUUCCGAGGAGGCAGUUGCGAUCUACACCACGAUGGUCCACUGGCUGGAGUCGCGCAAGUUCUCUCCAAUUCCAUUCCCCAGUGUUUCUUACAAGCACGACACCAAGAUUCUUAUUCUUGCGCUCGAGCGUUUGCGCGAGUCGUACUCCGUGAAAGGAAGAUUGAAUCAGAGCCAACGUGAGGAAUUGGCUCUCAUUGAGCAGGCUUACGACUCUCCUGGCACAACUCUGGCCAGAAUCAAACGUUUCCUCCUCACACAGCGGGCGUUCAAGGAGGUCAAGAUUGACAUGAACGAUAACUAUAAUAACAUCAACCCUGUUUACGACAUCGAGCCCAUUGAGAAGAUCACUGAUGCCUAUCUGGAUCAGUACCUUUGGUACCAGGCAGAGCAGCGUCAUCUCUUCCCUGCUUGGAUCAAGCCUUCUGACUCCGAGGUCCCCCCUCUUCUCACCUACAAGUGGACACAGGGAAUCAACAAUCUGUCAAAUGUUUGGGAGACCUCUGAGGGCGAAACUAACGUGAUGAUUGAGACUGAGCUAUCCAAGGUCUAUGAGAAGAUUGAUCUUACUCUUCUCAACCGCUUGCUUCGGUUGAUCAUGGACCACAAUUUGGCUGACUACAUCACCUCUAAGAACAACGUCCAGCUCAGUUACAAGGACAUGAACCACACCAACAGCUAUGGUCUGAUUCGCGGUCUUCAGUUCUCUGGUUUCGUCUUCCAAUUCUACGGUCUUAUGAUCGAUCUCUUGCUGCUUGGCUUGCAGCGUGCCAGCGAAAUGGCUGGCCCUCCUGGCAGCCCCAACGAUUUCUUGCAGUUCAGAGACCGCGCUGCGGAGACAAGGCACCCUAUUCGCCUCUACACCCGUUACGUUGACAAAAUCUGGGUCUUCUUCCGAUUCCAGGCGGAUGAUUCACGAGACCUUAUUCAGCGUUUCUUAACUGAGAACCCUGAUCCAAACUUCGAGAAUGUCAUCGGAUACAAGAACAAGAAGUGUUGGCCUCGCGAUUGCCGCAUGCGCUUGAUGCGUCACGAUGUCAACCUCGGCCGCGCUGUCUUCUGGGAUAUGAAGAACCGCCUUCCGCGAUCGAUCACCACCAUCGACUGGGAUGACACAUUCGCCAGUGUAUACAGCAAGGACAAUCCCAACUUGUUGUUCUCAAUGAAUGGGUUUGAGGUCCGGAUUCUGCCAAAGAUUCGGAACAUGAACGAGGAAUUCUCUGUCAAGGAUAGUGUCUGGUCUCUGGUUGACAACGCCACCAAGGAGCGCACUGCACAUGCUUUCUUGCAGGUUACCGAAGAGGACAUCCAGAAGUUCAACAACCGUAUCCGCCAAAUUCUUAUGUCUUCCGGCUCCACCACGUUCACCAAGAUUGCCAACAAGUGGAACACUGCUUUGAUUGCUCUCUUCACCUACUACCGCGAGGCUGCUGUUUCUACUGUCAACCUUCUCGACACCAUCGUCAAAUGUGAAACCAAGAUCCAGACUCGUGUUAAGAUUGGUCUUAACUCCAAGAUGCCAUCUCGUUUCCCUCCUGCAGUUUUCUACACCCCCAAGGAACUGGGAGGUCUUGGUAUGAUCUCGGGAUCUCACAUUCUCAUCCCCACCAGCGACAAGCGCUGGUCCAAGCAAACCGACACUGGUAUCACACAUUUCCGUGCGGGCAUGUCUCACGACGAAGAAACCUUGAUUCCUAACAUCUUCCGUUACAUCAUCCCCUGGGAAGCCGAGUUCAUUGACUCCCAGCGUGUGUGGAUGGAAUAUUCGCAGAAGCGUAUGGAGGCCCAGCAGCAGAACCGCCGAUUGACUCUGGAGGAUCUGGAGGACAGCUGGGACCGAGGUCUUCCUCGUAUCAACACCCUUUUCCAGAAGGACCGAAGCACACUCAGCUUCGACAAGGGUUUCCGACUUCGUGCUGAGUUCAAGCAGUACCAGCUGAUGAAGAGCAACCCCUUCUGGUGGACUAGUCAGCGACACGAUGGUAAACUUUGGAACCUUAAUGCCUACCGCACUGAUGUCAUCCAAGCGUUGGGUGGUGUGGAGACCAUUCUUGAACACACCCUGUUCAAGGCCACAGCUUUCCCGUCCUGGGAAGGUCUCUUCUGGGAAAGAGCUUGUCUUGCGAAUGGUACCAAGCUGCUGCGUUACGACGGAACUGAAGUGAAUGUCGAGGACGUGCGUGAGGGCGAUGAGUUGUUGGGUCCUGAUGGAGGUUCGCGUCGAGCUUUCAACAUCGUGAACGGCAAGGAUCGCUUGUACCGUAUCAAGAUGACCGCGGAGCAAGAAGACCUUGUUGUCACCGCCAACCACAUUCUCGUCCUUCAUCGUGACAGGGCAAUGCCGGAUAGUGCUUCUCAGAUGAGAGAGAGCCUGCCUGAAGGCUCCGCUACCGAUACAUAUGACACUGUGGAGAUGACCGCUCUAGACUUUGCUGCGCUCUCUGCCGAGGAGAGGAGCUGGUACAGUGCUUUCCGUUCUCCUGUCUUUGAGAAGUCUCAGCACCAUGAUUUCAUGAUCAAGGACAUCCAGCUCGAAUCCGUUGAGACUGAGUGGGCUGGAUUCCGAGUGGAUAAGGAUCAGCUCUACAUGCGCCAUGAUCACCUCGUGCUGCACAACAGUGGAUUCGAGGAGUCGAUGAAGUUCAAGAAACUCACAAACGCUCAAAGAUCCGGUCUUAACCAAAUUCCCAACCGUCGAUUCACUCUCUGGUGGUCCCCUACCAUUAAUCGUGCCAACGUGUACGUUGGUUUCCAGGUACAGCUUGAUCUGACUGGCAUCUUCUUGCACGGCAAAAUUCCGACCCUGAAGAUCUCAUUGAUUCAAAUCUUCCGUGCCCACUUGUGGCAGAAGAUUCACGAAUCGGUGGUCAUGGAUCUGUGUCAAGUCUUGGACCAAGAACUGGAGCAGCUCGGUAUUGAGGCUGUUCAGAAGGAAACUAUUCACCCGCGUAAGUCAUACAAGAUGAACAGUUCUUGUGCGGAUAUCCUUCUCUUUGCGACGAACAAAUGGAACGUCACCCGACCCUCGUUGGUAUUCGAUACCAAGGACGUUUAUGAACCAACCACGACAAACAAAUUCUGGCUGGAUGUUCAGCUCAGAUACGGUGAUUAUGACUCUCACGACAUUGAGCGAUAUGUGCGUGCCAAAUACCUCGACUACACCACUGACAGCAUGAGUAUCUACCCCUCUGCUACCGGUUUGAUGAUUGGUGUCGAUCUUGCCUACAACCUGUUCUCGGCCUACGGACAGUACUUCCCAGGCCUCAAGACCUUGAUUCAACAGGCUAUGGCUAAGAUUAUGAAGGCCAACCCAGCGUUGUAUGUCUUGCGUGAGCGUAUUCGCAAGGGCUUGCAGCUGUACGCCUCUGAGAGCAACCAGGAGUUCCUCAACUCCCAGAACUACUCUGAGCUUUUCAGCCCGCAGAUUCAGCUCUUCAUCGACGAUACCAACGUUUACCGUGUUACUAUUCACAAGACAUUUGAAGGUAACUUGACAACCAAGCCUAUCAACGGUGCUAUCUUCAUCUUCAACCCUCGCACUGGACAAUUGUUCUUGAAGAUCAUUCACACCAGUGUCUGGGCAGGCCAGAAGCGACUGGGUCAGUUGGCCAAGUGGAAGACAGCCGAAGAAGUUGCUGCUCUUAUUCGAUCUCUACCCGUGGAAGAGCAGCCGAAGCAGCUUAUUGUCACUCGCAAGGGUCUUCUUGAUCCUCUUGAGGUUCACCUGCUUGACUUCCCCAAUAUCUCCAUCCGUGCGUCUGAGCUUCAGUUGCCCUUCCAGGCUGCCAUGAAGGUUGAAAAACUUGCCGACAUGAUUCUUCGCGCCACUGAGCCUCAGAUGGUGCUCUUCAACUUGUACGACGAGUGGCUCAAGACGAUCUCACCCUACACUGCCUUCUCCCGACUCAUCCUCAUUCUUCGAGCUCUUCAUGUCAACAUCGACAAAGCCAAGAUCAUUCUUCGUCCCGACAAGACCGUCAUUACUCAAGAACACCACAUCUGGCCUUCCCUCUCUGACGAGGAUUGGAUCAAGGUUGAAGUGCAAUUGCGUGAUCUCAUUCUGAAUGAUUAUGGAAAGAAGAACAAUGUCAACGUGCAGAGCUUGACCAGCAGUGAAGUCCGUGACAUUAUCUUGGGUAUGGAAAUCAGUGCGCCUUCACUGCAGCGCCAGCAGGCGGCCGAGAUUGAAAAGCAGCAAGAGGAGCAGAAGCAACUCACUGCGGUUACGACCAAGACUCAGAAUGCUCGUGGUGAGGACAUCAUUGUCACCACUACGUCUCAGUACGAGCAGCAAUCGUUCGCAUCCAAGACUGAGUGGCGUACCCGAGCCAUUGCGACCUCCAACUUGCGGACCAGGUCCAACAACAUCUACGUGUCCUCUGAUGAUAUUCGCGACGAUGGCUACACUUACAUCAUGCCCAAGAAUGUCCUGAAGCGGUUCAUCACCAUCGCCGAUCUACGGGUUCAGGUCACAGGUUACAUUUACGGUAGCUCUCCACCGGACAAUGACCAGGUCAAGGAGGUUCGCACUAUUGUCAUGAUCCCUCAGGUCGGUAACACCCGGGACGUCCAAUUGCCGCAUCAGCUGCCGCAGCACGAUUAUCUCCAAAACUUGGAGCCGCUGGGUGUCAUUCACACAGUGUCCGGCAACGAGCCGCCGUACAUGUCGGCGGCAGAUGUCACACAUCACGCACGACUGAUGAACGCGCAUCCUUCGUGGGAUAAGAAGACCGUGACCAUGACGGUGUCUUUCACCCCAGGCUCCGUCUCACUUUCCGCUUGGGGUCUCACUCCUUCGGGCUACAAGUGGGGUGCGGAGAACAAGGAUACCACCUCGGACCAGCCACAAGGCUUCUCCACCAACAUGGGAGAGAAGUGUCAGCUGUUGCUCAGCGACAAGAUCCGCGGCUAUUUCCUUGUUCCCGAGGACAAUGUCUGGAACUAUAGCUUCAUGGGCAGCUCUUUUGGUAGUGUGGAGAAGCGGCCCAUCUAUGUCAAGAUUGACACUCCGCUCAAGUUCUAUGACGACCAACACCGGCCCCUGCACUUCCAGAACUUUGCCGAGUUGGAAGACAUUUGGGUUGACCGGGCUGAUAACUUUGCAUAA